CAGGUCCUGCACUCGAUGUAGUUAUAAAGGUUCUUGAAUUACCAAACGUCAUAUCCCAUAUUGAUGCCAAUCUUGAUAGAAAAGUAGAGUGUAUAACGUGGACAACUACUGAACAAAUAAAUUUGUUGAAAAAGUAUCCUGAGUGUAUCAUGCUUGAUGGUACCUAUAAGAUUAACAACUUUUCUAUGCCAUUAUACACAAUGGCUGUUGUGGAUCAAAAUGGCAUGGGCCGACCUGUAGUGCAGUCUUUAGUUUAUCGUGAGGACCAGUCACAUCUACAGCUGCUAAUGACACAUGCUAAGGAAUGGGCUGUGAUUGAAACUUUUCAAAAGUUGAUGUUCAUGGUUGAUAAAGCUCAAGCAGAAAUAUCUGGACUACAGUCUGUUUUUCCAGGAAAUAAAAUAUUUCUCUGUCGCUUUCAUGUAGCUAAAGCUUUUAUUUAUCAAAUUAAAAAGGGUAGACUUACUGCUGACGAUCAGGAAUUAUUAUUCAAGGCUACUCAGAAAUUAAUGUACGGUAAUCAGGCAACAUGCGCUGAAGCUUUGUUAAAUAUUGAAAAAAAUUUCCCUACGUUCUAUGUGUAUCUUCAAGAAAACUGGCUGACCAUACCAGAAAUGUUAAUGGGUCACUAUAGAAAAGGUCUGAUGCAUUUAGACAAUCAUACUAAUAACAGACUUGAAAGAUAUCAUAGAACACUUAAAGAUGUUGGCCUUUUGUCACGCAUGUCACCGGGAAAUCUUAUAGAUAAAAUUCUUAAGGUUAAUAGAGUACAAAUAGAAAAAUCUAAACAUGCAGACUUUGACCAACAACUAAAAAUUAACAAUAAACUUUCAGAGCCACUAAAGUUUUAUUCACGUCAUGUUUCUUCCUUUAUUCUUCGUCAUCUCAUGGAACAAUAUGAUAAAAGUGUCAAGUCUGAUUUUAGUUUAUAUGAGGACAGAGAUUCAUUACAAAUAAUCGAUCGGCAAUCAACUUUUUAUAACAUAAUAGACUAGGUUUGCAUCUGUGAUGCUGCAUCAGGGUUUGGCGUGCCGUGUGCACAUGUUUUUUUUGCUCUAAGAACGAAGAAUAUAACUGUUAAUGAUCUACAGUUGACUCAUAAAAGGUAACCUUGGGUUUUCUACUAAUUAAUAAUAAUAAAGGUUCGUAAUAUUAUAUAACUUCAUGACCUUAUUUAAAUUUCAAUCCACUUAUGUUAUAGAUUGCUAAAUUAAAAUUUAUUUGAAUAAUAAUCAAUUUACAAUUUAGUAGUCAAAACAUGUAUUGUAAUGUUGCACGCAAUUUAUUACUUAUUAAAUGUUCUGAGUCAUUGUUUAUUCUAGAAAAAGUUACUUUAAAAAGUUACCAUGCCAUUCAGGUAAUCUAAAAAGCAAAACAAAUGAUGUAUCGAUGAUCCCCUAUUUGCAUUUUUUAAUGCUAAAUUGAUUGUCUGUUAUAGUUCAAUAAAUGAAAUAAUUACUUUUAUUUAAUUGGCUAGAAGAAUUCUUUUUUGUGUACACUGAAAUAAAAAUUUUAAAUACAUUUUUUAACCUACUUUACACUAGGAUAACAGAAAUUAUUUACAUUGACAUAAAUUUAUUUAGGUUGAUUUCAUGCAAUACUGUAGCAAACCAGGUAAGUUUUGAUCAAGCGCCAUCACAUAUUACCUCAAAUAUAGAAUUAUUACAUCUCUGUUGUGCCACUCCCAAACAAAGAUUUACAACAGCAAUGAGUUACCUUCAACCAAUAGCCUCUUUGCUCGCUGAAAUGCCACCCAAAAAAUUUGAACUUGCAAUAACCUGGUUAGAAUCUAUUAAUCAACAAUGCAUUUCUGGUGAAUGGGAACUGAUGUUUCAAAGUGAUCCUUGUCUAGAAGUUUUUACACCUGCAGAAGAUCACAGUGAUCUUUGUCUAGGAGGUUUUACAUCUACAGUAGAUCAAAGUGAUCCUUGUCUAGAAAGUUUUACAUCUACAGAAGAUCUAUCAUCAAAAGAAAUUUUAGAAGUUAAAUCACCUUCAAGUGCAGAUCCUAUGAUUACCCCACUUGAAUGCAUAAAUAAAGAAAUAUGUGAAGUAGUCUCUCAAGAGCCACAUAUAAAUUUAGUUUUAAGGCAACCCCAGCGGAAGCCACCUGGUCGUGUAGGUAAAAACAAACAGAGACUUUUUGACAAAGCUAUAAAAGCGUUUGAAAAAUUAGGUAGUUUUGAAAAAGAUCAUAUCCGUCUCUGUUGGUUUGUAGAAAGAACAGUUGCCCUGCAGGUUUUACACGAGAGUGCUAAAAUUACCACCUGCCAGUUUUUAAAGCAGUUAUCGAAUAAGAUUGCUGAUCCUAGAGCAAGUCUUGAUGACAUUAAGCAAUAUUUUGUAGAGGAUGCAUGGGCUGAAGUCAUCAAACGGUGUGAAGAUGUGAGAAUUGAAAAAUGGCCGUGUCAAGUAUGCGGGCAGUCUAAGGCAGCUGGAAAAAACCAAAAAUGGCUUCAGUGUGAUCAUUGUUUAGACUGGUCGCAUUAUGUUUGUCUACAAAUAUCUUGCAAACCUAAAUGAUAUUGGUUCUGUGCUCAAUGUAAAGUAAGGAAAUAGUGGAAUUUAGGUUCAUAUCCUAAUAUAAAAUAUUUUUAAAGGUUUUUAAUAUCUAUUUAUUUAGCGACAUAAAUAAAUAUUAAAAUGUUUAUUAUUUAUUAUUUAUAGAAACGGUUAGUAUAUUAUAAUAUUUAUAAAGAGCAUACUC